AUGGAAAAGAACAUCUGCUAUCAGCAACGAAAGAGAAAAGAAGUCGUCAGCGACAAUUGCGUACUCGAGGACUCUUUGUCCCAAGGUGACUGGUACAUCGAGGAGGACCCAAACGUGGACUACGAGAUGCUGCUCAGAGGAUUACGAGCCAGUGCUGAACGUGCCUUGAAGCCACGCACGACAAACUUUGAUCGAAUUUUGAAGACCACCAAGGAAUUGUUGGAAAGAAGAAGGACUUUGAGGCUUGAUCCGAAUGCAUCGCAUAUUGAGCAGUUAGCGGAAGAAGAUUCUGGAAGCAGCACAAAGAAGAACGAGUCUAAAGAAGUGCCGCAUGGAUCUCUGCGAAAUCUCUCUCUCUCUCUUUCCGCUAGCAGCAUACUGGGCGACGGGACUCGCACGUCCUCUCGUCGUGAGAUGGAAAUCAUUACGGAGAGGUUCUACUCGAAUGUUUUCCAUUCAUCAACUCCUGUGUCAAGCCCGAUCAUCCUCACUGGUGAUGCUCCACCACGGAUUCUCCCUUCGGAACUACAAAAAGAAAGGAUCCCAGACCAGUGGAAGACCUCGCGAACCGUUCUUAUCCAUAAGAAAGGUGACCGAGAGAACCUUCGGAACUACCGUCCGAUAUGCUUGCUGAGCGAAGCAUUCACCAAAAUCAUCCUAACGCGCAUAUCUAGGACGCUGGAUGAAGACCAGCCUCAAGAACAAGCUGGAUUCCGUCAGGGGACCUCGUCAACAUCGCUCAAGAAACUUGAGAACAUCUUGGAUGACAGUGGUGAGGGAACGAAACGAGCGGAAGAGAUGCUAGGGCCCGCACGUCCAGUGAAGACGGACCGUCUAAGUAUCUAA